GUACAUCGCUUUCUUCCAUUCCUCAUCCCCACUUACGACUUGAACGCAACUCCUUGGCCGACCAUGACUCAAAAGGCUGAAUCUCAUCACCAGAUUCAAAGCUUUAGCGCACUUGUCGACCCAAACAAAUUCAUCGACACCUACGUUGGACUGGCUAGGUCGCAAGACGAGACGCCUGGUGCCACUGUCCAACUGAGGAGCCCCAACCCACCUCUCAGUAGUGAAUCUUUAAUGACGUUCCUUGAACAUGCGGUAUCCACAUUUCCCGACAACUCGAGACCAACUUUCAAGUGGCAAGCCCAGUCGUCGCGAAUCUUGGGUAGCCGAUUAGGACUGCGAGAUAUGCCCACCAGUUGUGAAUGGCAACACGUCGGCAUUGUGAUAAAGCUUGCAGACGCCGACUUCCUCCCCACCGCCGAGUCAAACCCAGACAGUUCCAACACGAUUCGCAAACUGUCGAAGAUGGCCCGUAACAUAAUGGUUGCAUCGGAAAAUAGUUAUGCGUUCGUUGUUACCGCGCUCCCUGACGGCUCUGCACGCAUCUUCCGUUUCGACCGCGCAACGUUUAUCGCCACACACCUCUUCAACUUAGCAGAGGCCAACAGCAUUCUUCUUGGAUUUUUGCAACGAUUCUACCUCUCAAAUCAACGGCCCAUAAAGCACAAUACCAUCAGCGCCUCUGUCGCCACCAAAACUUACAGCUUUUUGGAAUGGUACCGACAUUUGGGCCGCUUUGCACCGGAGGUGGGGCAACUCGCGAUGUUGACCAGUCCCGAGAGCUUGGCAGAUACGACUCUCGUCAUUGGGAGCUCACGGCGGCUUCCAGGCGGCCCCGUCAAGUUUCACUGUCUCGGCCUCACCCCGAUCUUCCCUGAAAACUGGAGUUUUGAUGUUCGUCGCUUCGUCCAGCGCCCACAUCCUUGCUAUCGAGUUGUUUUCCGACAUUCAACGCUUGAACAUGAGCAGCAGCAUGAUGGUGAGCAGAGCUUCGAAGAAAGUGGCGGGAUGGACCUCGAGCUUGACGAUGGAGAGGAUAUGGAACUCAAUGGGCCCGGUCAAACUGAGAGUAGUUCUGCCCCAGAAUUACCUAACCUGCAGUUCAAGUCACUCCGCUGCCUACUUAGUGCUCCCUGCCGACCACUCUGGAAAUUUCCCCGGACGAAAGCACUUGUGCAUGGACUGUAUUCGGUCGUCGCGGGUCACAAAAGAGCAUAUGAUGCCGGAGUUCUGCAUGGCGAUAUCACCCCGGCGAAUCUCGUGUACGACGACCGCACGAUCGACCAUCCCAAUGGUGAGGCGCAGGGGUUGUUGCUUGACUUUGACUGCAUCAAUGACAAUUGGUAUCGACGGCCGGAGCCGACGAAGUGA